AUGGCCUACAAAGGCCACUUUGAAUCUAGUGGCCUGGCCUGGGCCCUGCAACUGACCCUGGCAUGGAUACUCUUGGUGGUUUGUGGAGGGAACCAUACAUUUCAAGAUAGGUUCUGGGGACACCAUGGGUUCGAAACCAGUGUGAGCACAGACCAACUACACCUGGCAGGGAACCCUCAGUCUUUGGUUCCCCAACCUUACGCGAGGAUCCAAGAUUCUGCCUCACAGGCAUCACUGGUGCCAGCACCCUGCUGUCCCUCUGAGAUGGGCACACCAGAGACAUCUGGGCCAGGGAUCUUUCUGGAGAGCUGCGGGAUGCCAAGCCCUGGAUGUGAAACAUUCCUGGGACACCUCCAACAUGCCCUCCGCAAUCGUUUCCACCUACUGCUGCUGGGGGUACACCAAGCACAGCUGCUCUGUGAGGAGUUCUGCCAGGCUUGGUUUGCCACCUGCGAAGCCGACCUCACCUGUGGCCUGACUUGUCUGCCUCGCUCAGGAAAGAGAGGCUGUGAGCCCAGCUGCCGCACCUAUGGGCAGACCUUCGCUGAUGGAGCGGACCAGUGUCACUCGGUUCUGGGUCGCGCUCUGCGGGUGGCAGCCCCUGGCUCGCGUCACCGCGUCAACAUCUCCAUCUCCAUGCCUGCGCCUCCCGGAGGACUCGGACGACCGGCUCAGGAAGCCACUUGGCACGCUCGCCGCCCUAGCUCCUGGAUCCUCGAUGCUGCGGGCAGGGGCAGCGGCAGCGGCAGCGGCAGCGGCAGCGGCCCCUAG